CUCGAGUUAUUUGGGAAUAUUCACUCAGCAACAUCGACCAACUCGUCACUCAUUCACAGCCACUCAUUUAGUUUUGCACUCGUAUUUCAAAUAUAAAUUCAACCAUUCAACCAUUCAAUUUCUAUCUUUCGAGGUUUUUACUCUUUCCAACCCAAUCAAUCAAAAUGCAGCAACGCGCAAUCAUCGCUCUCAUCACCCUGCUCGCAGCAGCCGCCAACACCGCGCCACUUAACUCGGUACCCGGCGCCGGAGCUCUUGCACACCCCACUGGCAAGGUCAUGGGGCAUACCGCCCGAGCCGCCCCUCACACUGUGUCUGGCGUCACUGCUGGCGGCGCCGGCAUGAAGGGAGAAUCCAAGCAGGGCCACAAGUCCGCUGAGGGUGCUCAAGGAGCCGUGAAGGGUGGCCAAAAGGCCGGCGGUGCUGGCCAGAAGGCCGGAAAAGCAGGACAGCAUGCCGUCGAGGGCAGCCAGGUAGCCGGCCAAGAAGGCCAAAAGGCUCAUAAGGAGGGUCAGUUCACCGACAAGGACGAACAGCAGGCUGGCAUGGCGGGCCAGAAAGCUGGCAAGCAGGGGCACAAGUCCGCUGAGGAACAACACCAGUCCUACGAGCACGGCAGUGAGGGCAGCCGGGCCGGUAACUACGGCGCCGACAGGAGCGCUUCCAAGAAGGGCGUCGCCCACAACAACAAGAACGGCGCCAACAGUGCCGACAGGGCCUCCUUGGACAUGGCCGACGGCUUCCAGGCCGGUUUCGAAGGAUCCAAGUCCGGAUUUGAGGGAUCCAAGGCCGGCUAUGAAGGCUCCAAGCACGGCAACCAGGGAUACAAAUCAGGCACCGAAGGCUCCCGCUCUGGAUUCGAAGGCUCGCAGGGCGCAGCUGAAGGAUCCAAGGUCGCAGCCGAGGGCUCCAAGGCUGGUUUCGAGGGCUCCAAGGGCGCUGCUGAAGGAUCCAGGGCUAAGAAGGAAGGCGAUAAGGAAGAAAGCUCGCUUUCUGGACUUCUCGGUGGUUUCAGCGGCUUCGGUGCUAACUAGAGGCUAUGCCACCGAUCCUUAUCAGCAUCAUUUGUCCCCCGUCAAUGGACCUCAUACACGAUGGAGAGCAGAGUUUGGAAUUGGAAGAGUGAAAAAGGGAUGUCCAGGGUAUCUUUUAGUGGAAGUUUAGUCUUGAAGUAACAAUUGGUUCUGUGUUGUGUGGUGUAUUAAUAGAUUCUGAUUUCCAUUCAUUUCUAGCCUUAACUGAAUCCUAUUAUCCGUUAGCCCCUCCUCGUC